UCUUCCAAUCCCACCCACAAAUGGCGUUCGCCUUCUCCACUCCUCAACUCCAACAACAGCUGCCCUCCCUCUUUCAAACCCUUCAACCCCAACAGCAGAAGCAGCCGUCGAUCUUCCAGACCGCCCAACCCCAACGGCAACAGCAGCCGUCGAUCUUCCAGACCCCCCAACCCCAACAGCAGCCGUCGAUAUUCCAGCCCCCCCACCCCCAACAGCAACAACAGCAGCCGUCGAUCUUCCAAAUCCCUCAACCGCAGCAGCAGCAGCAAUUCUCGCAGUUGCCUUCGUUCGGUCAGCAGCCGCAGCAGCAGCAGGCGCCGCAGUCGCAGCAGCAGGCGCCGCCGCCGCAGCAGCAGUUGAUGCUGUUCACGGCGGAUGGUUCGCCAACGAGUAAUAAUACUAAAUUUGUGGAUUUACAUCCGGAUUCGCAGAAGCUUCUGCUGCAGAUCGAGGAGCGAAUUCAGGAGUACAGGGCCGAGAGCGAGAGGCUGGAUCAAUGCUUCCGACUUUAUGAUUCAUCAGUAUCAAGUGACCAUUUCGAGCUUGAUGCUAGUCGUAUUCUUCAGGAACUAGGAGGGAUCACUACGUCAAUAGAAAGAGAGAAGUUCUCGGUGCAAGAUCUGAUGAAGAAAGUGAACGAUAUGAUGUGGCAUACAGAAUUUGCUGUCCGUUCAUAUAUGAUGCUUAGGCCAAGGUUUCUUCGUCCAAAUGUACCAGCUGCUUCAGGUAUUGGUUCAGCAAGUCAGACUGUGGGUGCAGCAGGAACUUCUGGCCAAACCAAUCAACUGAUGACAAGCUCCAUAUCACCAAGUUUUGAAUUCUAUAGUGGGAUUCCAAAAAGACCUUCUCAAUUCAUGCACCACACUGCUGCUAGAUUCAAGGAGUAUCUUACUGAGUGUUGCCGGUGGAUUGAAGAACUAGAGCAGCUGGUCCUGAUGGAUACUGACAAAACCUCAUCAAAGUCUUUAGAAGCUCUUCCAAGAGUAAUGACAAAUGUAUAUGAUUACUUCAUCCAUGUCGCUACCAAGGUUGAGAACCUCCAUCAGUAUGUUGAGUCUAUGAAGAUGGCCUAUCUUGCUGAUCACCAGCGUCGGGGUGAUGGUAAUGAUCCAUUUCUUGAGGCCAAUAGAAGAGAAGCAGCUAAACAAGAAUCUGCUGCCAGAAGAGUUCAUCCAACAUCGCAUUUACUGGCUAAUUAUUCACGACCAGUCACCCAAGCUGCUGGUAUCUUUGCCAGCUCAACAGCUUCCAUAUCAAGUGCACCACAGCUGUCUUCAGGGACUACUGCUGCAUCCUCUGCUUCAUCUUCUUUUCUCUUUUUGACUCCAACCGCAUCUGCUCAAUCAUCCAGCCUGUUUGGCUCUGCUGGGUUUACACCUCAGUCAACUCCAUUUGGGACUGCAUCUACAUCUCUAUUUGGGUCCACUCGAGCUCCCUCAGGAUUUGGAAUUAAUACUGCCUCCUUCUCAUCCACCCCUGCUGUGGGUAGCUCUCCACUGUUCACCACACCCUCAUUUGGCACAGGUGCUGCAACUGGUUCAGGUGCCAGCUUUGGUGCUGCAUCUUAUAAAUCGUCCAGGCCAGAGUCUCAUUCAACCCGGCACUGAUCACUUCCAACAGAAAAUGUGUCCAAUCCCAAAACCUUGCUGCAGAAUUUUGUGGACCUUAGCAUUUUGUGCACCAUAUUGAGAUGAUUAUUCUCCCAAGUAGAUGCGCAGCAAUGAUUCUUGAUAGGCUCCAGGAUUUUUCUUCUCUCUUUUUUUUUUAAAUUUCUGCAGUGUCAGCAUCAAACGUGUAAAUAACUUCAUGGUAGUGCCAUCUCACUUUCUUUUUGCCUUCCCCUGGAAUAAGGUUGCGUGGUGAGUGUAUGUAGUAGUUGCGGGUGUCAUAUAACAAUAUUUUAACAUUUUGAAACUUGUAGUGAGCAGAUGUGAGAACUGAAAAAAUCUGUAGAUUUUCUAUUGAGGCCAUUUAGUCAA